GGCGAGGAGGCGGUGGCGGCGGCGCUCCGCCCCGGGGGAGGGACGGCGCAAGGCGUGGGGGGACACGGGAGACAGGUACCCGCGGGCGGCCCUGCCAGGCACCUCCUCGCUGCGGCCGGCCGCCGGCUCCGCGACGCGAGGCGGCGGGACGAGCUGCGGAGAGCGGCGGAGCGCGGCGGCCUCCCCCGCGGGGCCCGGAGGCGGAGCAGCGGCCUAGGGGCGCCCGCGGCGGGCUCGGGCUCCGAGGGGGGCCGCGGCCGCGGGGUUGGGGGGGGGGGGGUGCGGCGCCGGCGGAGCCUUCCUCGGCGAACCCGCUCCGCUCCGCCGCUCCUGGCGGCCCGGCUCCCCCGCGGGAGGGACGGGGCUCCGCGGGGCCGGGACGCGCCGGUGGCCGCCGCCCGGCAGCGGCGGUGCGCGGAGCGGCCCCCCCGAGGCCGGCCGCCGGGAGGAGGGAGCGGCGGGGCGCGGGAGUCGGCGCUGCCCGCCCGUCCGCCCGCCCGCCGGCUGCGCCCCAGCGGAGGAGCAUGCACUGACUCGCUGCCUCGGCUCAGAGCCAUCCCAGCCGCCGGGGUGCGCGUUGCAUGGUGUGGGGAUACACGGUCUCGAUAAUAAAUGAUAGAGGAUACAAUGACUUUGCUGUCUCUGCUGGGUCGGAUCAUGCGUUACUUCUUGCUUAGACCGGAGACCCUGUUCUUGCUGUGCAUCAGCCUGGCCCUGUGGAGUUAUUUCUUCCACACGGAUGAGGUGAAAACCAUUGUUAAGUCCAGCAGGGAUGCGGUGAAGAUGGUGAAGGGCAAGGUGGCCGAGAUCAUGCAGAAUGACAGGCUCGGGGGGCUAGACGUGCUGGACGCAGAGUUCUCCAAGACCUGGGAGUUCAAGAGCCACAACGUGGCUGUCUACUCCAUCCAAGGCCGGAGGGAUCACAUGGAGGACAGGUUCGAAGUAAUCACUGACCUGGUGAACAAGACUCACCCCUCCAUCUUCGGGAUAUUUGAUGGGCACGGAGGAGAGUCGGCAGCAGAAUAUGUGAAGUCCCGUCUGCCUGAAGUCCUAAAACAACAUCUUCAAGACUAUGAGAAAGACAAGGAGAACAGUGUGCUGUCUUACCAAACCAUCCUGGAACAGCAGAUUUUAUCAAUUGAUCGAGAAAUGUUGGAAAAAUUGACUGUAUCCUAUGAUGAAGCAGGUACAACUUGUUUGAUCGCGCUGUUGUCAGAUAAAGAACUCACAGUGGCCAACGUUGGUGAUUCGCGAGGAGUCUUGUGUGACAAGGAUGGGAAUGCUAUCCCCUUGUCACACGAUCACAAGCCCUACCAACUGAAAGAGAGGAAGAGGAUUAAAAGAGCUGGUGGUUUUAUCAGCUUUAAUGGCUCCUGGCGCGUUCAGGGGAUCCUGGCCAUGUCCCGCUCAUUGGGAGAUUACCCUCUGAAGAACCUGAACGUUGUCAUUCCUGACCCCGAUAUUCUUACCUUUGACCUGGACAAACUGCAGCCAGAGUUCAUGAUCUUGGCGUCGGAUGGUCUGUGGGAUGCUUUCAGCAACGAGGAAGCUGUCCGAUUCAUCAAGGAACGCUUGGAUGAACCACACUUCGGUGCAAAGAGUAUAGUUCUACAGUCCUUUUACAGAGGAUGUCCUGAUAAUAUAACAGUGAUGGUGGUGAAGUUCAGGAAUAGCAGCAAAACAGAAGAACAGUAAUUACCAGUGGUUCUCUGCCUCACUCUGAACUUAAAACAAACUCUUACAUUUUAAACAUAGUAGAAAGCUCUAGUAAAUACUGUUAAGAUUCUACACAAAAGGAACAGAUCCCUCUGGUCUUUGUUCUUUGCUUAACAAAAGGAGCAAUACAACAAAUACAUUCUGAGUGAUUGUAAGAAUUAAGUUUGUUCACAUAUACCUGUCUCCUGUGACCUUGCUGCUCCUUAGAAACUAACUGUAAUCUUCCAUUUCAGAAUUUUCUUUACAAAUCCUCUGUAGACUUUUCAUUUGAUCCCUUACCUCUCAUUUCUAAUAGUCAAAGGUUCGUUCAGAUGCACAGCAGGGUCAGGGCAGUGCUGCCGCUUAAUAGCAAGUGAUAGGAAUGAUGCUGCUUUUCACUCAUAGGUGUGACUCUUCAGAAUGAUGCUCUUGUGUUUCUCAUCUCUUUUCUUUUUUAAUCUGCAGUGAUAAGGUUGUAUAGGAAAAGGUUUCGAUUAUUGGCCUGUUAUUGAGAUGAAGGAGGAAGAGGAGCCAACUAUUAGCCUGCUACCACAGAACUGGCUCUCUCGCUUUGUUUAACCUCCCCCUCCACCCCUUAAAUAAAUCCCUGCCAAGCAUGUGAUUAGGUAUAGUUACUGAAUUACCUGAAGCCACAUGUUUAUUCAGUCUGUGCAUUACUCUAAUAACAUUUCUUCUAUGCCAUGUUGUAUUCAAACCAACUAAUGUUCAACUUCGAGGUCUGGCACCUUCUGUAUCAAAAAAUAGCUCUGUUGUGAUAGAAGAAAGUCUGUCAUUCACCAAGACUCACCCUUACAUUAGUUUUUUGGCAUGGACUUUUCAUAGGCAUGUAGAGAAAGUAAUGCAAGAUAAAAUUAAUUCUGUUAGUGACUGUUUGGAAAACUAAUCAAGACAGGGCAUUCCUUAGAGCUACCUAGAUGGAAGUCAAGCCUAUUAAAGACUUCCUUGUACCACUGCAGAUUAAUUUGUGGUGUUAAUCCAGGGGAAGACCACUUUAGAACCAUUUUUUGGUAUAAUGUAUAAAUGCCAGGCAGUGUCAUUGCACUGUAGAGAUGAAAGUUUGUGUUAAAUCUAGAUAAAAAUAUGUUUAGAUCUAACUUUCAGUAUUUAAUUGUAUAUCCUGAUCUGUGACUACUGUAAGUUUAAACAAUGAUGGUCUGAGUUUGCUCUACAUCUGAUAACUUAGUUGGCUGCUUCAUGAACGAGAAGCAGCAGAAGCAGAGUGACAGGGCGAUGUGUGUUAGAGGAACAGAGCCAGGGCCUGAGUUGGAGGUUAAUAUUUUGGGUGGCUUGCUUACCCGUAUUGUGUCUUAUAACAAUCCUUGGGAUUCUCUCCUCACAAAACGUGGUCCUGGACGAUCCCCUGAGGUCUCUUGUCUUCAGGGUGAUGGAGGUUGUCAGUAUUUGGGUCCUGAGGUGAACCAUGGAUAUAAUGCAUUAACUAACUUUGUGUCUGUUUCUUGGGUAAAGAUACAAUAUUACCUAGCUAAAAAGUUACCUGUUUCUCAUCACGCACCUAUAGCCCUUUCUGGGCAAGUGGCUUGCUGGUCCCUAAAAUACUGUGAUGUGUUGUGGUUGUGCUGAGCGGGCAUGUGUCUCUGAAGACGAAAAUGAAAGAGCAAAAAUUCUUCUUUCUGCUCAAGAAGGAAUUCCCAUCUUAGUCUUUUCAUUUUUGUUCCUCGGUUAUCUCUUCCCCAACAAACUUCCCUCCUUUAGCUUGUUUGGAGAUAAUCACAACUUUUAAUUCGAUCUGUUGCUACUACCAGUGCUGUUCAAAUUGUGUACGUAUCCUUUAGCAGCCUCUUCUCAUCCCAGUCUCUGGGUAGAGCCCCUUGACUCUGAGGAACAGACAAGUGAAAAGCAGGAGUAUGAAAGUGUCCGGCAUGCUCUGAAACCGCAGGCACCCAGCCUGCACUGGUCCUUUCCCGGAGGAUGCAAGGUUUCGGACUUUUUAAAUCUCUUGAACAGUGCUUUCAGUGAAUUUUAAAUGCAACUUUGCAGUUAAAUUGAGCAGCUAACAGGAAAUGUUAAUAAUUGCAGAGCGCUUCAGUUAUUUUAUUUUUAAAAGGUAUUUGAGGUCAGAAUGCUGUGAAAUGAAAACCUGGUGUGAUAUUUUCAUGGGAGUGCUUAAUCAUGUACUCACAAUGCUACAGCAGCAGUAUCGAAACUGUGCUCCAGGCAGAGCUCACGGUGCAUGUAGCAUUUGCCUUUCCUUUCUCCUUCACAGAAGAUGUUUCUGUUGUACUGGCUUUUCUUUGUAGGACACAGCUUGGAUGUUUGUCAAAACAGCUGCCCAGGGAAAAGAAGAAUUAGACCCAGCAGCCUACAGAACCCUAAAGCAGAGGGACGCUUGUAUAGCAGAGACAUCACUACUAAUCCUUCACAGGCAUUUGAGAAGUUGGAACUGGAACAAUGGUCAGCUCCAAAAAAAAACAUUAUAGACUAAUGCCACUUGAGUGAAAAGGUCAUGGCUGCCACUAAGCCUCCUGCAGCUCACGUUCUGGAGGUUAGCGAGCGCUGCUGAGGGGUGCCCGACCUUCUCCUGAGCACAGCUCACUUGCUGGUUGCUCCAGCACUUGAGAUAGACAGGAAAAUGAGGUGGCAGGAAUUGUACGCGUUCACAGACUCCCGAAGUAGCCGUGAGGAAGCAGUGGGAGGGUGGCUCGCGCUGGAAUUAAGCCACGCUCACAGGAUUUAGGAAAACACAUAGUGCGAUGCAAUACAGAACUGUUUCGCAGGCUUGUCUGGAUAUUUAUUCCAGGAUUCAUUUACUCUGUCACUCACAGGCCCAUCCGUUCAGUUACCAAAUCAGACCUAUUUCAACCUCCGAGUGUCUGCAGUUGUUUUAGCACCUUUAAUGUUCCUGCAACACUCCCACCUUUGUAGCAGUAGCUCCCUUUCCUGGCCAAAGACAUUCAUGCCAAUGAUCUCUGGUAAGGUGGUUGAAUUCUGGUUUUAUUACUUUAAAAAACUAGUUACAGCUACUUUAGGUUUAAAGAUGAAGGACUAAUGGAGAUGACAGGCUUCGUGCAGUCUUCCACAUCCAUGCGCAGUGCCUACCUAUGCCCCCUGUCAGAAUUCUGUCUUCUGAGAAGUGUUUAAUCCGGUUCUAGACACCCGUAACUUCCCAGUCAUACUGAUUUGUGCCAAAUUCUGUCGUGAUCCAUACAGCUGUUGGAUGACAAGAUUAAGUAAGGUACCUAUUGCUUACGCAACCUAAACGAUCUGGGGUCUGAUCCUCCACUGCCUUAAUGAUAUAUCCUACAUCUGGAAAGGGUUGCCAGACACUGCAGCCAGAAAUGACCCCAGGUACGCUGGGGUGCAGCACCGGAGAGGCAGUACUUCCAGCACGCCAUCCUCAGUCCUGCUUUCCUGCCUGGGCACCUCGCCAAAAAAGAAGGGAGAUGCAUUUUUGGUUCAAGUGGCUUGCGUACAUCUGGGAGCUGUGUUUGUGGAAGUUUUUUGUUGUUUAAGCCUGAGUAGCUCCACUGGUGACAUCUGUUCAUCAAGUAAUGAUGGCUUCUAAUGGCAGAAAACUGGUGUGUUAAGUUGCUGCCAAAGAGCAUCUUUCGUAUGGUCCAAGAAGAAAAAAUGUACCUUGUAAUUAGUCAUCUUAUCCAGUACGUAAAUGAAUUUAGGCUUUUCCCAGAGGUAUUACAAGCUAACAGUUUAACUCAGGUAGUCCAUUUUAAAGAUACUACCAUUUAGCUUUUCAUUCAGAUUGUAGACUACCAUUUAGUUUAUCGUUCUGAUUAUAUACGAGCGGGGUUUUAGAGAGGCUGCUCAUCCGCCCAGCGGGAGGGCUGUAGCCUUCCCCCUCUGUAGCUCCUGGUACAAUAACGGGAUCCCGGUGCAGGUGCCAGCCUGGUUAGGUGGGAUCACAGCUCCGUCUAGUGGCUGGCCUGGCCUAACCAACCACUCUCGGUUAAAGUUAAUAGUUGCUUUCUCAGUCCACGAGAAAAAAAUGCGUGUGAUUUAACGUCCCCGUUGUCCCUUGGGCAGAACUGGGCUGUGAGGUUAAUGCAGAGCCGUUCUCUCAGGCUGAAUUUUGCAGCGGUGCCGAAGCAGCGCGGGCUGCAGGCGUGCAUCCCCAGACCCAGCCAAGAAACGCAGACGCUCCGCUGCUAAAACCGCGCGCCAAAGUUUGGCACGCCGCAACCAUGCCCUGCGUCCCCUGCCAGCUCACCCCCCGCGCGGGUGUCUGAAAAUGCAAAAUUUGAAAUGAAUGAGCCUGUUUUACUGAAUAGACUGUUUAGAUAAAUAAAGAAAAUGCCAUCCAACAUCAUGUAUUGUGUACUGACUUGCGAACACAAGGUCAGUACCAAAACUACUGCUAGCGUUAUUGCAGUAUUAUACCAUUUACAUAAGGUGAAAUGAAGAAAGAAAAAAAAAAGUUGCGAGGUUUUUACAAUACAGAAGUUAGUACUAAAGCAGUUCAUCAGCUUGAACUAACGGUGUUUGCUACAUAAACACUAACGCUGCAUCUUGAAAAUAAGGGAGUUUUGUUCUUCAGCUGCCUCUCAGAGUAUAUAACAUUCUUGCUUUAAAUAACGCUAAUAUAUUGCUAAUUUAUCUGAUACUUAUUUUACGCAGAGACACAUUUAGUAAGUGAUUAUACUAAAGAAAAAAACCUUACCAGCUGUUCAUUUCCUUAAGUAGGUUUUUAGGCCUCCGUCCUGAACUCUGGCUGUACGAAAUUGCAAGGUUAAAAUUUAGAAUGUUCUGCUGAGGUUUGGCAACUGUGUAGACCAGAGCUGCUGCCCCUCAGUGUUGUCAAUAUAUUUAUAAAUUAUCUUUCUAAACCUGAGGACUCAUACCUAAAAGAUAUAUCCAAUUAAGUUAAUACUGAGUUGAAGUUUAAAUCACUUUCAUUUAUAUAGUGCUGACUACAUAAGGCUUAGGUAGGCAGCUGGUUUACAUAUAUUUUUCCCGUAGGUAACGUCGACUUCUAGGUAUCAGUUGUCUCUAGUUAUAUAUGAUAGUCUAGAUGCUCUGUUAAGCAAAACGUGUGCAGUCAAAGCAGUUGAAGCCUGUCUCAAACCAUCAAUAGAGGCUCACAUCAAGAGCAAUUCUUGAGAAAAGUUUUGAAACCCACUUUUAUGAGCAGGUCAGCUCCUAUGUCUGGUCUGCUCAGUCUUCAGGAAGAACUCCGAAUUAGUUGAGCAAUAGGGAAAUAAAGCACUUUUAUCUGCAUUUAUCUGUGCCCCUGCAGAUGCGCUCCGUUGGCUUCAGCUGUUGUUGAUGAGAGGAGACUCUCACACCAGAAUGGCCGGAGUCCGCGCGUGAUUCUUACAUUUUCUCCUUCUGGUGAGAAAAACUUAGUUAUGUUAAAAACAUGAUUUGUUUGGAAGAAGUUCUUUGGAGCUGGUUCCGUUUUGUACGGAAUCGCUACGCUGCCCUUCGGUACAUCGUUCCUAUGUGCAUAAGCUAUGUACAAAACGUAAGCGGUGGUUAGCAAUGCUGGAUUUACAAAUGAAGUCAAUUUUUAUGAAGUCCAAACGCAUCUACCUUUAACAGGGCAAACCGUAACAAUCAUGUAACUGUUAACUACAAAGUUAACAGGAGCAGGGUCUAGAAAAACAACUUUAAAACCUGUCCUGUGUGAAUGACAGUAAAACCACUUCUAGCCAGUGUAUUUGGAAAUGCGCUCUCAGAAACGACUGAGACAGACUCGUUAUGAAAAUGAACUGCACAUUUAGAACUCUGCAAGGGCAGGUCAGAGCUUUAUUAACAAAAAUCCUACACAACGCACAAGAUAACAAAGCCUCAAUGUUUAAGUGAUCCAUCUUGGUUAACGACAGCUUCCAUUUAGUACAACACGGCUGUAUUACCAUAGAUAAGAGCCUCUUCAGGCUUCUCUGUAACAUUUUUUCACUCAGAGCCAGAAGCGUUUUUAAGAUUUUAUCUUUAUUGCAAGCUCAGGGGAGACCGCACUUUACUCUUAGGUGGAGGACCACCGCAGGCCAAGCAUGACUGAGAGGAGCGGCUAGGACGUCGGGCUGAGCCCCAUCCCAGUCGGGAGGGACGUGACACCUCACACCAUCGUCUCUCACACUGUAAAAAAAAAAAAAAAACUCAUUUGGAUUAACGUGGCCGGGAAAAUUCAUGUGCUGCACAGCAACUGUCCGAAGGCUAGAGGUAAACAGAGCUCAGAUAUAGAAACCGUCUCAAGAGAGGUCACUUGGGGUAAACUUUGUCUUUUUGAGUCCUUAUUUUAUAGGAGGAAAAUAAAGUCCCAAAGUCCUAUAAGGGCAGGUGAGACAAACUAUCUAUACCACAGGUAGUAUUUCCUCUUGAGCGUUGCAGGUCGAUACUGCUUUUAGCUAAGAAUCACCUAACAGCAGCAUUUCAGAGAAGCUAUAUUUUCUUUAGUCCUGUGAAAGAAAGCGGCUUUAGGAUUUUUAGAAACCCCAUAAAUAAAUGGGGGGGGGGGGGGGGCGUUUGGUUUUGUUUUACAAUUUUAGGUAUCAUCUUGUACAAUUUUAGGUUUCUUUAAAAUGUGGGCUCGACUACACAUGAAAAAAAAACACCACCAAACCCAACCAUCUGCUUAGCUUCAUUUUAACUUCAUUUUCUUUCCUUCCUACAUGGAGUACUUGCAUUUGGAUAUGGUUUACAGCUUAAUAUGCAAUACACAGUAACAGCAUUAAAACCCGACAAGCUUAAUUUAACGGAGACUGCAGAAACCUUUACGUCUCUUUCCCUACCACCUCUGUCUUAAGCAAACUGUAAAGUACUUAAUAAAUGACCAAAAUGGUACACUCAGACAAAAAUGGAGAUGAAUGGAAAUUCAAAAAAUAGGGAGCAAAGCUCUGCCUCCCAGACUCCUUCAACAUACCUAACAUAACCGAUGGACACGUAUCAGGAAUUCAGUGUCAUGUUGUUUGGUUGACCUUCAGUUUUUAGUUUAAAUUUGAAAGAAUAUGAUAAAACCACAUUAUUUAUUGUGCAUCCAGGCAGUCGUGAGUUACUUGCAAUGAGCUUGCACUGAAAUGCUUUAGUAGUAACUAGAAAAUGUAAGACAAAACUUAGGAAGAUGCUCCAAACCAUCUGUGUCCUGUUAAUGCUGAACUGAUCCCAAAGAAUAAUGCCCCUACACUUGCAGCACUUACUAUUGCGUGGUUUAUUCUGAACUUGUUUGUUGUAGAAUAUACACAAAACAUGUAAGCAUUUUGACGUUUUUAACUCUUCUGAAAUAACAUACAGGCAACACAGGCUUGAAAUUUCACAUUGUAAACCCCCUUUGCUAUCCACCCAAACAUCUUUGACCAAUGGAUUAUUGUUAGGCUUUUCAAGUCAGAAGGCCCCACAAUUUUCAUAUCAAAAUCACAAGUGCUUGGAAUUCUGAUUUAAUACAGCUUCCUGAACCACUUGCCUGCACGAGAAAAAAGAACCUUAGGAUUUGGAAGAAAUCUUAGCCUGUGGUUUAGACUUCGGUUUUAGUACAAUAUUGUAGGCAGAUGCAGUAAAAUUUGGGCCCACCACUGACUUACAUGCUUAUAUUAGUUGACAGUCUUAAGUUUUUUUUACCUCUUGCAUGGCUGCUCAUGCUAGAACCUUUCCUGAUACUUGCUUUAAGCAGAAACAUUAGCUUCGUUAUGAAUUUUUAUGGUCUUCUAAGCAAUAAUAAGGUCAGACUCAAAUACAAACCAGAUUUGGAAAUGAGGGUUUUUUUUAAAAAAAAACAACACAACAGGAGCAGAAUUAUUUUACAAUGUAAAUUUCUUGCAGAAUUGAUGUCAUUUUAGGUUACAAUUUCAGGCGGCAUCAACAGAUCACUGUGUAUAAACCUCCAUUUGUGAAAGGAAAAGCCCUGUAAUCUAUGAUCAGUGUUAUCAUUCUGGGGCACAAAUACAAAAAAUACCCUGCUUGGUGACAGUUUUGGUUUUAUUGCAGUCCUGCACAGCCAUUUCUCCGUGAUACUCGUUUCUUAUUCUCUGACCAGGAGCACUGUCUGCUUUAUCUAUCCAGUUUCUGAAGAUAGCGUAGUUUUUCAUAAUUACAUUUUUUUUGAAAAAGCAAUACAAACCGUGCUGUAGUAUCAGUGUUCUUGUGACAAUUUAUUUCUAAACAUUUAACAUGGCAGGCUUAUAAAAAAAAAAUUGGAGGGUUUUUUUUUAAGAUGUAUAAACAAUCAAAGAACAAGUUAAACAUUUCUCACGGAGCUCUCAGGAUCUGACCACAGUACAACAAUCAAAUAACAGAUCCUAAAACCAUAGGAACAGCUGUAGUUUUACCUCUGUUUCUAGAAAUACAAUAGCGUUCUUCCCUCAGUUAUGCAAUACUGUAUCUUUAGCUAUUUAGUUUAACAAAAAAAAAAUCUAUUUUUGAAAAACUUUGACCUUCUUAACAUACAUUCUUAGAACACUGACAUCUGAAAUAUUUGUCUAGAGAGUAUUGUCCCCAAGACCUCAUUUUUAUAUCUAAGAAAAUAACACGUCCUAUAAUUCCAUCAAAAAACCAUGCGCAGUUGUUGAAAAGAUAGCAAAAUUCAAUACUGACCAUGAUCACAAUGUAACAAAAAACCUGGUGAAACCUCAAACUUGGUACUAGAGGUUUCUGCACCUCUUCUAAUUUGUCUCUAAGAGACUAUCUGAAAGACAGCCAAAUGUAAAUACGUCAUAACAUCUUAGCUGUAGUACAAAUAAGGUGGCAGUGCUCUGUCAUUCUAGAUGUACAGGAUGUAACUAUAGUAUCUUCACUGUGUAGUGGAUGUGUCAAGAAUAAUUAUGUUAAUGCAAUUGCAAAUUCUGUAUUGUUGUCUAUUAGCAGUGUAAACUACUGAAAACUUGGCCUUGCUGAUAUGAAUAAAGUGAUUAAAUACCCGUC